CAAGUCCGUCUCUGUUUCUGCUCGUGCUCCCCUCCUCCUCUGUUCUCCGGUGUUCCUCCCGCGAGACGAGACGGCCGCCUCUAAACCCUAACCCUAGAUUGGAUUAUCGGGGCUGCGAGAGGGAGAGGGUCGGAGCGGCGGCGGCGGCGAGAUGUCGGCGAAGAAGGGGCUCUCGAGCACGCUGCGGAACCUCAAGUUUAUGCAGCGGGCGGCGGUGGCGCAGAAGAUUGAGGACAAGGCCGAUGUGGAGGUGGAGGAGGCGGCGGCCGAGGUGGUGAUGACGCCGGCGGCCAACGGAGGGGGUGUCGGCUCGUCGGUCCAGGUCGCCAGGAAGUGUGUAGUUGUCAUGGAGGGUAAUCCGCUUCCAGGAGCUGUAAAGGGUCGAAUGUCAUUCCAAAAUUUCAAUCCAUCCAUUGAUAAACUAAAUGACGAGGCAAGUGGUCGCCCAACACAAUCAGCUUCACCUAGUAAUUCUCAACAAGACAGUGCAAAUACCAGCAGAGUGGAUGAUAUAUCAGCAUCAAGAUUUAGAAGCUUCAAUGUUGAUAGUUCAGAAAGCAUAUCUCUGAACGAGUUGAAGAGAAAAGAGCCUGAGCUGGAGAUGGAAACACCACCAUCGCGCAAGCUCCCAAAGACGGCCGGCCAGAGCGUGGACGGCCAGCCGUCUUCGCAGAGCAAUGGUCGUGGGUCUGGCAAGUCGAACAAGCAUGAAAAGCUUGACUUCAAUCUUCUCAGAAAACGGAAAUCAAAAUGAGGUCCGGGUUAGCAUCAGCCAAGGCUAGCUCCGUGUACUCUUGUGUCGCCAUUUGUACCCUGUACCUGAUCAGCCUUUGUGCGUUGUUCCCUGAAUUAUUUAUGCCGUAGCAGGUAGCCAGGUAAAACCGGCAGUGGUAUAUCUGUUGUUAACUUAGUUGGAAGGUUUACUACUGCUUUACAUAUCUUAUUAGUUGGGGAGGUUCUGUGUUCUUCAACACUUUUCUCUCUUGUUUCACUGCAUUGCUAUUACUUCCUGUAAGAUGUAGUAAGAUUCUGCAACACCAGCGAGGAUUUCAAAGUCAUAGGAAUGCUUUUUGAUCA